GCUGAAUGGUUAGCCGGGGAAAGGAGACACAUCACCGGACAGAACCAGAAGGCUGCUCUGCUGAGACCCAGGAAAUUACUCGUCGCCUCGUCUCGACAGCCUGGUAGCAACACAGUGCACAUUUCAGUAGUUCCAAAAUAAAUAAUCCAAGGACUCAUGUCGCAUGUGAGCAAAACCACCUGACCAAAGACAUGUGAGCCUCAACCCUUCUGUCCCAGAUCUUCUUCACCCUGAGUAAAAGUAGGCAGAGUUUGCUUUGACGAUGUCGAGCCGCCGGAAAUCGACCACACCUUGCAUGGUGCUGCCCUCUGAUGUAGUGGAGCAGGAAGAGGUAGAAGAGAAAACAGAAAAGACAAAGGAGGAAGAGGCAGAGGAGGAGGAGGGGAAGAUAAAGGAGGGAGCAGAGGAGGGGCCGACUGCAGAGGAGCUGAGUCAGGCAGUAGUGGUUGUCCCCACCCCUCCAGAUACAGAUGAGCCCAGUAUCUCUGCUGUAGAGGACAGUGAAGUCCUCGCCCCCUCACUCAAACGUAGUGCUACAAACCCUCCAGAGGAUCUGAGCAGUGAACAGCCAACCCAGGAGCAACAGUGUGAUACACCCGAGGAGGGAGGAGCAGACCCUGCCGCGGUGGCUGCCAUUUCCCUCAGCAAGACCCCCAUUAUGAGGAUGAAGACCAAAUCUGAACCCAAGAGGAUCGCCGUGUCCCUGAAAUCAGCAGAUGAGGCGGUGGAAGGUUUCGGCGUUGGUGGCGAGGGAGAAGUGGGAGGAGAGCAGGAACCCAUCGAAGCUCCUCUUGGGCCGAUGACGCCUGUGGAGAUGCUGCUACACGACUCCAUGAAGCUCGGGGGAGGCGGCUUGCUGGUCAACCAGUCCUCAGAUCAGCAGAGGAAAUCAUCAACUUUAAACCCCACAGUUCUGCCUGCUGGACUGGCACAGGUGCUUUCUGCUUUCCAGGCCCAGCAGAAUGCAGCAGCAGCAGCAGCAGCUCAGCCUCAGCUGUUGAUUCCCCUCAGUAGUAUCCCCUCCUACAGUGCAGCUAUGGACACCAACCCCCUGCUGGGUAGCACAUACAAGAAGUUUCCUUACCCCUCCAUGGCUGAGAUUAGCAGCUUGGCAGCACAGACACAGUUCACAGAGGAGCAGAUCAAGGUGUGGUUCUCAGCCCAGCGGCUGAAGCACGGUGUGAGCUGGACUCCAGAGGAAGUGGAGGAGGCCCGGAGGAAACAGUUUAACGGCACGGUGCACACUGUGCCUCAGACCAUCACUGUCAUACCUGCUCAUCAGCUCUCGGCAGCUGCCAACGGCCUGCAGUCUAUUCUUCAGACCUGCCAAAUAGUGGGCCAGCCCGGCUUGGUGUUCACACAGGUCGGCCCAGGGGGGCACCUUCCAGUGACCAGUCCCAUCACUCUGACAGUGGCAGGGCUGCCCAGCCAGUCCCAGAGCUCCAGCAGAGUUUCCUGCCAGCCCACCCCAACAAACAGUGAGCUGAAACGGGCUACCACUGUCCAGCCUCCCUCUCUUUCUCCACAGGAGAACUCAGCCCUCAGUGCUGACACAUUCAGUUUGCGGCCGAAGAAGUCCAAAGAGCAGCUGGCAGAGCUGAAAGCCAGCUACCUGAAAAACCACUUUGUCACUGAUGCAGAAAUCGCCCGGCUGAUGAAGCUCACCAACCUCACAAAGGGAGAGAUCAAGAAAUGGUUCAGUGACACCAGGUACAAUCAGCGCAACUCCAAAAACAGCCAUGUCAUUGUUUUCCACGAUGGAGGGGGCAGAGGAAGUGGCAGCUGUGGUAGCACUGCAAGCACCGCCAUUGUUAUUGACUCAAGUGAUGAGACCCCCACAUCUCCUCAUCCUCCGCGCACUCCUCCUGUGAAGGAGAAGGAGACACGGACCAAAACAUGGAAUACGUUCCCAGAUUUUACCCUGCAGAAGUUUAAGGAGAAGACUCCGGAGCAGCUGGUGGUGCUGGAGGAAAGUUUCGAGAAGAGCAGCACCCCAUCAGAUGAAGAACUGAGCCGCCUGAGGACAGAGACUAAACUGACGCGGAGGGAGAUUGAUGCCUGGUUCACUGAGAGAAGAAAAAUGCCAUCUGUCAGUACUUCCUCCCCGGAUUCUUCAGAGGGAGGAAAGAUGGAGACAGAGGGAGCAAAAGUAGGAGAAGGAGCAGGACCCAGCUCUUCCUCUCCUACUGCCUCCACAUCUCGUAAAGGUAGUCAAACUCCUCCAGGUGGUCGCAGUAAGCAGCUGCCAAGCAGCAGCAACAAAGACAUGAAAGAUAAGAGUAAAAAGACUCCGGAGCAGCUCCAUAUUCUGAAAAGUGCCUUUGUGCGGACCCAGUGGCCCACACCAGAGGAAUACGACCAGCUGUCAGAGGAGAGCGGCCUCCCUCGGUCCUACAUCGUCAGCUGGUUCGGGGACUCUCGGUACUCGUGGAAGAACAGUAACUUGAAAUGGUUCUUUCAGUACCAAAGUGGCAAUGUGGAAGGGCCAAAUGGCGGAGGAAGCAAUAAAAUGGGAAGCAGCGGCGGUGGCGGUCGAAAAAGACGUGGCCGAAAUCGUGGUUGGGGGCGGUCUCGAACCAGAAAGCAGCCAAGAAGGUCUGCCUCCUCCAGUACAGAUGUGGAUAGAUUUCCCCCAUCGAAGAAAUUCAAGAGUGGGAGGGAGAUUCUGAAGGAGUACUACAUGAAGUACCGUUUUCUCAAUGAGCAGGACCUGGAUGAGCUUGUCGCUAAGACCAACAUGAGCUACGAACAGGUGAGGGAGUGGUUCGCCGAGGUCCAGCGACGCUUGGACAUGGGGGCAGAUCCCUUCGUGGAGGCGACUGGAGGAAGGACAGAUGGAGAUGAAGCAGGAGAGGGAGGGGUUAUGCAAGGAGAGGCAUCGAUGGCCACGGAGGAACAGAGCGGCACAGGAGCGGGAGACGAGGACGAUGACGAUGAAGGAGAUGAGGAGGACGACGGCGAUGAUACAGACGACAGUGAGGUUUGGGAGCCGUCACGUAGCGUCAGGAAAUCCUUGUCGGUCUCUGAAGACUAAUG